AGGGAGAGGUGAGUGGGAAAUUGGGAGUUGAGAAAAGAAAUUAAAGGCAUCCAGGUUGUAUCCAGUUAUCCAUGGGCUCAACCUUCUUAAGGUAGGGUCACAGUCAUUUUUAUGGAUGAGGGAGACAGACGUGUGGGAGUGGAGAGAAUGGAAAAGAUUUAGAAGAGCUAUUGUGGGGACUGUAGAGGGAGUCAAAAAGACAUAAAUAGAAAACAUUACUAACCAUCGUUAAUUAGCAACAGAGGUUAGUUAGCAUGAAUUUUAGUGGUUGAGUAUCUGCUACGUGCCAGGCAAAGAUGAAUAAGGUGGUGCCCUCAGAGCUCACAGCAGAGUUGAAGACACAGAUGUUGGAACAUAAUGACGAGUUGUGUUACAGAAGUAUGUAUGGGGUAAGAUCACAAAACAGUGACCCCAGAGACAGACUUGAGGAGGGACCAACGGGGAAGAGGAAACACGUUAAGAAUGUCAGGAGAGGCUUCUAGGAGUGGGAGACGGCUCAGCUGAGCCCUGAUAGGGAGAGGGCAUUGUCCAGAAGGUGGGAGAGUCAGAUGUAAAGCAAGUAUUCCCAGGAUGGGAACUGUCAGAACCAGAGGCUUUUGGUUGAGAGUGAGGCAGAGGUCUGCAAUCCACAUACUUCAAAGUCACCCCAGUGCUUACAAUGCAGAUACCUAGGCCCCACCCUGGACCAAACAGAACUCUGGGCCUGUGUCCUGGAAUCUGCACUUUUAACAGGCUCUCCAGGUUUUUCCUGACAGAUAACAUUUUUUUGAAUACUUAAUGUGCUAGGCGCUAUUCUGAAUGUCCAUGGGUUCCCACAGUCAUCUCAAUAACCUGUGAGAUAGGAUGCAGAAGGUAGGACACGGAAAAGUCUUUUGCCCAAGGUCACAUAGCUAAGGAGUAGUGGGCUAGGGCUCAAAACUGGCCAAGAAUGUAGCUUGUUUGGGGAGCUGCAGGUAGGUUAUUUUGGCCGGCACAUAGCAGGACUAAUAGGAGAUAAGGCAAUAAUAAUACAAAUAAUAGAAGUAGGGGUUGUAUUAGAAAGCUUAGAUUUUAGCUUUGUGGUUUAGUGACUUUCCAGUAAUGCUGAUUACUGAAUAUUACUUAUAUAAUGCACUGAGACUGAAAGCAAAUAAAGCAGAUAAAACUACCAUUUUAACCACCACAGUCUUGUUCCAGUCUGACUUCAUUUCUCCCUGCUAUUCAUUGUCCAUAAAUCAUCUCUUACUGGACUGAGUUCCUGGACGUCAGAGCCCGUGUCUUACUCAUCUGUGUGUCUGACUUGAACUGUUUUAUUGAGUUGUGUGUCAUGCACUUUUUUGUGUAUGUUUCCUUCCCUAGAGUUUAAGCUUCGUGGCGGGGGGACCUGGCGUGUUUUCCUCGUUCUUGUAACCCUACACCCUGGCGCACGGUGGUCAGUCAGUCUCCUGAAUGGUUGAGCAUGGACCCAGUUGCUACUCACAGCUGCCAUCUCCUCCAGCAACUGCACGAGCAGCGUAUUCAAGGCCUGCUGUGUGACUGUAUGUUGGUGGUGAAAGGAGUCUGCUUUAAAGCACAUAAGAAUGUUCUAGCAGCGUUCAGUCAGUAUUUUAGGAGCCUCUUUCAGAAUUCCUCAGGCCAGAAGAAUGAUGUUUUUCACUUGGAUAUUAAAAAUGUAAGCGGCAUCGGGCAGAUCCUGGACUUCAUGUACACUUCUCAUCUAGAUCUUAACCAAGACAAUAUACAAGUCAUGCUGGACAUAGCACAGUGUUUGCAAGUUCAGAAUGUUCUGAAUCUAUGUCACACGUUUUUGAAAUCAGCUGCCGUAGCCCAGCCGUCUGGCAUGCCUUGUCCCAGUGCCUUCUCCCUGCAGGGCGCCUUGACGGCUGACGCUGGCUGUGUUAUGAGUGAGAGCCACCCUGCUCGUUUGCUGCAGGAGUGCUCCGCAGACCUUCAGCACGGCAAAGCGUUGGAUGAACCGCAUUCUCGCGCUCCACCGUCAGGUCAUCCACCUCACUCGACAAGUGAAGCGUCUAAAGAAGCCCCUGGUACUUUUGAUGGCAGCUGCACAGAACUGCCUUUCAAACAGCCAAAUUGCUACUACAAACUCAGGAAUUUUUACAGUAAGCAGUACUAUAAACAAGCUACUGGUCCCAGUCACGAGAGAACAAUUGAGCAGCCUUUCACCCUCAGCACAGCCACAGACCUCGGUGCCAUAGAAAACCAGCCGUGUGCUGUUGGUCAUUCCGAAUGUGUCCUGGAGUCUGCUGAGCACUUGCCUUCCAACUUCCUGGCCCAGCCUUUGAGUGAAUCUUCCGCAGACCCUGUGUCAGACAGUACAGGCCAGCAGCCCACCAAGCAGAUGAGGCUCAAAAAGGCCAUUCACCUGAAGAAGCUCAAUUUCCUAAAGUCACAGGAAUCUGCAGAACGCACGUCUGACCCCAAGUCAGAUGACAGCUUAACAAAGAGGAUUGAAUGUGCUCAUGAAAAUACUGUAGAGAAAGAUAGCGGCCAAAGUCCUGCAGAAAAAGAAAGUGAAGCACUCGUCAAUUCUGAGCGUUUUAAUUGCGCUAAUGAAGUGGAGAGGCCGGAAGAGCCUGCGGCGCUGGAGGACCAGUCCCAGACGCUCCAGUCCCAGAGACAGUACGCCUGCGAGUUGUGUGGGAAACCUUUCAAACACCCGAGCAAUUUGGAGCUUCACAAACGGUCUCACACAGGUGAGAAACCUUUUGAAUGUAACAUUUGUGGGAAACAUUUCUCUCAGGCAGGUAACUUGCAGACUCACUUACGUCGGCAUUCUGGUGAAAAACCGUACAUCUGCGAAAUCUGUGGAAAGAGGUUUGCAGCCUCUGGUGAUGUCCAACGUCACAUCAUUAUUCACUCAGGAGAAAAGCCACACUUGUGUGACAUCUGUGGUCGAGGAUUUAGUAACUUCAGUAAUUUGAAGGAGCACAAAAAGACGCACACGGCUGAUAAAGUGUUCACCUGCGAUGAAUGCGGAAAGUCUUUCAAUAUGCAGAGGAAGCUGGUGAAGCACAGAAUUCGGCACACGGGUGAGCGGCCGUACAGCUGUUCUGCCUGUGGAAAGUGUUUCGGGGGUUCAGGUGACCUCCGCAGGCACGUCCGCACUCACACUGGGGAGAAGCCAUACACGUGUGAGAUCUGCAACAAGUGCUUCACGCGCUCUGCCGUGCUACGGCGGCACAAAAAGAUGCACUGCAGAGCCGACGACGAGGGGCAGGACGCCCUGGAGGAGUUCACGCAGGCCAUCGAGACCUCUGAUCUGGAGAAGUCUCAGAGCUCAGAUUCUUUUUCCCAAGACAUGGCUGUGACUUUGAUGCCCGUGUCUGUCAAGCUCCCUGUCCACCCAGUGGAAGAUUCAGUGACAGAAUUUGACAGUCACUCUGCCGGCUCCUACUGUAAGUUCCGCUCGAUGCUCCAGCCUCACGGAGGCGGUGACCAGGAGAAGCUCAGUUUGGAUCCUGUUAAACUUGGGAAGCCCCAGAUGCAGCAGGCCCCGCAUCAGGCGUACGCUUACUCGGACGUGGACGCCUCAGCCAGCGACGAGCCGCUGCAGGCCGACGGCAUGGCCAUGGUCCGCUCGUCGCUGGCCGCUUUGGACAAUCACUGCAGUGACCCCCUGGGCAGCCGAGUGUCUGCCACGGCUUACAGGAACUCCGAAGGGCAGUUCUUCUCCAGCAUGACUCUCUGGGGGCUGGCGAUGAAGACGCUGCAGAAUGAAAACGAGCUGGAGCAGUGAUGCCCACCGUCCGUGGUGCUCAGCAUCAGAGGCAUUUUCUGAGUUCAGCAGCCUUGUAUCAACGCUCCAGGAGAGCCGCUUCCCUGUGACAGCCCCUUCCGGGCAGCCUGAGAAUGGUUGGACCAUUUCCUUCCUGAUGCUGGCUGAUAAUUGGAAGCAUCUUGAGCUCGGGGUUGGGAAGAAAGGCCGCUGGCUCCCCGGGGGAGCAGGCACGGGAGUGGACAGCUUGCGUCCCAGAAGCCAAAGGCUUGAGAGACCGUCUCACUGACUUGCGCAUGGGAGGGUGCAGACUUUGGGUCAGCUGCUGUACAAUUUGGUCAUGUUAAAGGGAAAAAUAUGUAUAUAUAUGUAAAAUACGAAUGUUAUUUUUGCAUUUUUACAUAAUUGAAAUUUGUAGCAUUUUGUAUUUUUAUUUACACAAAGAUUUUAUUUGUAUAUGAAACUCAUGCUAUAAUUUAAUUUGAGUAAAGGA